UUUAUACAUCAUUUUGUAUCUUCUAGCUAUAGAAAUGAUAGUUACCUUAGUGAUAGUUUGCGCGUUCUUGCAUUUGACCAAGGCACAAAUCGACCCUUUUAUGUGCGUGGGAUUGGAAGAUGAAGCUCGUGUACCUAGUCCAAUUCAGUGCAAUCAAUUUUUCGUUUGUGAGGGUGGCAUGCCGAGUGAUAUAGGGAUUUGCCCACCGAACAUGUUGUUCAGUCCAGACUCAUUACAGUGUGAUUUUCUGGAAAAUGUUGACUGCGGAGAUGUUCCGUUGCCUCCGGAUUUCACGACGAUUGAACCUGAGAUAACAACAACGACUACAACAUCAGCACCAGAAGUCAGCAGCUGCCCCAAGGAAGAUCCAGAGGAACCGAUAUUUCUACCCGUACGAGAUGACUGUGGCGCCUAUAUUCUUUGCUUUCACGGGCGUGAGAUAAUUCGAAGAUGUCCGAACAAUCUUUUUUGGAACAGCAAAACACUUGAUUGUGAUGACCCAUCAAAAGUUACCUGUCUACGAACCGAUCCUUUUGGAUGUCCUGACGAGGGAAUAUUGUUUCUACCGCAUCCGGAUAGUUGCAGCAAAUAUAUUUACUGUCGGGAUGGAUUUUCUAGGGUACAGAGUUGUGCUUUCUUCAAAGUGUUUGAUGAAAACUUAAGGUCAUGUGUAGCUGGCAGUAGUUGUUUAUUAAAAUGA